UAUACGCAUGCGUCACAUUUGCAUGCCCGUACGGAGGCCGCCACGGCGACUGUGGCGGACGAGGGGGAGCUGUAUACCUGUGCUGAUGCUGUCCUCCGUAGCCGCUGUGAGGUCCGUGCUGAGGCCUACCGCCCCACCCCCCCCCACUGUAGCUCGGCUGUUGCGGCGGCGGUCCAUGAAGUUGCUGUUGCUGGGGAUGUUGCUGGGGAGGCUGCUGUUGCUGAUGCUGCUGUUGCUGAGGCUGCUGUUGCUCCUGUUUCUUCUGACGGUCGCGUUGAGUGGGGCACUGGGCGUUGGUGUGGGACAUGUGCGGAUGUAGGUAGCAGUGGUCACUGUCGGCUCCUCUCUCCUGCUUUUUGUUUCCUCUCCCUCUGCUCCUGUUCCGACUCCGGGCGCCUCCGUCUCCGUCCUGUCCCCCGCCGUUUCCACUCGACCCAUUUCGGACACGUCCAUCGCCCCGGAUGCCACCGGAAGCGACGAACGCGUGCUCCGCGCCAUUCUUUGGUUCCUCCUCCCGACGGCGAAGCAAUUCCGCAUGGGCAUCUCGUACACCCUUUUCGAUUUUCUCGCGCGAGGGGGGAAUCGGUGACAUAGUCAGAAUCUUCUUCUCCAUCAUGUACUCGUCGGAAAGGUGGUAUACCAUGCGGGCAUUGGCAUCUUCGUCGGAGAAAAUAACACCGUGCGAGGCUAGCCUACUGCGCAAAACAGCAAAUCUCCCGAAGUGUUCUUGGGGGGUCUCUCCUACUUUCAUCUCAAGACCGUGGUAUUGGGAUGACAACCUUUCUUUCUCGGCUCUGGUACGCGGCUCGUAAUAGUUGAGGAAUAUUUUCCAACCUCCACUUGGACUACCAUCAGCGAUGAUCUGGGUGAGGAUAGGCAUGUAUGUUACAGACGUGAUCAGCAGGUUCCACGCCGUAAUUUCCUUUUCUACGCUGUCACUCGAAUGCACCCUACGCAGCUCCUCCAUGCUCACUCCUUCUUUUCCGACUGGAAUCUUUUCUUCAGUCAGUACCACGUCACGCACUCCUUCCUGCGCAAACAUAGCUACCGUGUUCGAUCGAAAAAAAAAAAACUUAGCCUGCUCAUCUUCCCCUUGCUUGAAAAUCCCAUCCCAAGGCGCUAGGCGCUUAACCUCUGUCAUGCGAAUACUUCCUCCUGUACUGGAUACUCUACCGAUGUCCCGUGGUGAUAUCUGCAUUCGGCUGGACAUGGCGUCUGCGAGAGUGCGGGCGAUGUAAUCUACGGCCGGGUUCGCCGAUGGCCGCCCAGCUUGUUGCUGGUGGCGUGUCUCGUGCUCGCUUCCGGUCCGGACGUUCUCUGUCCUCUGCUCCUCCUCGUCUUGUUGCCGCCUCAUGUCGGCCAGUGGCUGUUGUACCCUCAUCUCCACCAACUCGUUGAUGCGGGCGUCCUCGUCUUCUGCGUGACGGGCGCCUCGUUCUUGGUCGGCGCUGGACAUCGGUGACAGCUGCUGAUCGCCGCAAAGCGAUACUCCAAACUAAGCUCGACGCGAAUCUCGUAGACGACGUGUCAUCCGCUAGCGUGAUCGAUAUUUCGGGCGGCUCAGUUGUGUGUGAUGGGAGUGUAGAGCAGCUCGGCCAUGACGGGCCGUAGGGGUAGGUACAGACGUGCAGACGUGUUGAAAAACGUGUUGUAAGUCGUGAUGUAUUCAUCGGGGGCGUGCUUGAACUCGUCAUUCCAUCACGGCAUCAAGUCACGCAUAACGCUUAAACACCCAAAACGAAU